AUGUCGCUCAAAACCGAGACCCCCACUAAUACACACCUUAACAUUGUUCCGAAGCUCGCCACUGAUGGCUCGAACUGGAUCACAUACAAGGAACGGAUCCAUACCGUCAUGGGCUCUCGCGGUUUGAUGCGACAUCUCGAGGGCACCGCGCGCCGGCCGCCUGACCCCCUACCAUACCCUCAGACAGCGCCAAGUGCCGCUGCAGUAACAGUGCCGAGCGCCACUGCAGCAACGACAACCACUGCCCCGACCCAACCUGCAUUGACACCGGAGGAGUAUCUUGCAAAGGUUGAGGCCGCUGAGAGCAAGUUGGACGAUUUCUUGCAGAAGGAGUUUGCGGCACGGCAGCAGAUCUACGGGACGAUCAAUGAUGCGCUGCUUCUGCGCGUGAAGAAGCUCCCGACAGCCGCGGACGUGUGGGGUGCUAUCCAGAAGGAGUACGAGGGGAAGUCGGAGAUGUACUCCGGCGCGGUGAGGACUCGGCUUCAGAACAUGAAGUGUGACGAGGGAGCAAACAUCAGGACUCACCUUGAUCAAAUGCUCAAGUUCCGUGAAGAGCUGUCUUCGAUGGGCGCAGCGAUGGCGGACGCGGAUUUCUCAGCAUGCAUCUACACGUCGCUUCCAUCCUCCUAUGGCACACUCCUCACGGCACUCACCACCGCUGCACGUCUAUCCAAGAACACACUCACAUCCGAUGAUGUUGUCUUCGCGAUCUGCGAGGAAUUUGAUCGCAGGAGCCAAGGCCAGACUUCAGAGACUGCGCUGUUUGUCAAACCAGCCGGAAAGUUUGCAUCGCGAGGAAAGGGGCAGAAAAACUCGAAAGACAUCGAGUGCUUCAAUUGCGGCCGAAGGGGCCAUAUGAAAUCGGAGUGCUGGCGUGCAGGGGGUGGAAAGGAAGGCCAAGGACCGCGAAACCAGAACCCGAAGAAGGAUGGCGAUAAGGGCAAGUCGGGCACGAGUGCAAACACAGCUGUCAGCAGCAACACGGACGUGCAUGCGUUCACGGCAACCUUCGACAGUGCAGCACUUGCUCAUAGCCACACAGCUGAUGGAAACAUCCGGAUCGAGGUCUAUGACAGCGGUGCAACACGUCACAUUUCCCCAUAUCGCGACACGUUCACGGCAUUUGAGGCAACCCCUCCAAAGCCAAUCACAGCAGCUGAUGGCCGGGCAUUCCACGCAACAGGUCAGGGAACCGUCGCCCUAAAGGUUCCAAAUGGUGAUCAGUGGACAACUGUCAUGCUACAAGAUGUGCUGUACGCACCCGAUAUAGCCUUCGCACUCAUUUCCGUUGCGCGUGCCGAUGCUGCAGGGUAUUCUGCCAUCUUUGAGCAAGGAGAGUGUCGUAUCAUCUCCCGCAGCAAAGGACGAAUUGUCGGCCGCAUCCCGUCAAACAAUGGCCUCUUUCGUGUUGAGCAUGCACGUACAACAGCCGGAAUAGUUCUAUUGCCACCUGGAGAUGUUGUUGAGCAUGGACUGGUGACGACAUCAGUCAUGGAUUUUCAUCGUCGCAUGGGCCAUAUCUCACCUAUGAUCGCCGAACGCCUAGUGCGCGAAGGAAGAGUCGAAGGUGUCCGUUUGACAGACAGUGCGAAGCCGGGUACGGACCAAUGCGAGUCGUGCAUCCAGGCAAAAAUCACGCGUCACCCAGUGCCGAAGGAGCGCGACGGUGCACGCGCCAAAGAACUAGGCGACAGAGUUCACUCGGACGUAUGGGGACCUGCGCGUACUGAGACGAUAGGCGGGAAGAAAUACUUUACCUCGUUCACAGACGAUGCAACACGCUGGACCGAAUUGUACCUGCUGCAUGCGAAGUCCGGUACCUUCCAGGCCUACAAGUCCUAUGAGGCGAAGCUCAGUACACAGGAUGGAAAAACUGUAAAGGCCUUGCAGUCCGAUCGAGGGGGCGAAUAUAUGAGUGCUGACUUCAAAGCUCACCUUGCUGCGAAAGGCACGGCCUCCCGUCUUACAGUGCAUGACACCCCGCAACACAAUGGGCUUGCAGAGCGUAUCAAUCGAACACUUCCGGAGCAUGCGCGGGCAAUGUUGAUUGCCUCAGGCUUGCCGAAGAGUCUCUGGGGCGAGGCAAUAAUGCACGCAACUUGGUUGAAGAACCGAACGUCAACUCGUGCACUCGAGGGAAAAACACCAUACGAGGUGCGCUACAGCAAAGUCCCAGACCUCGGCAACAUCCACGAGUUCGGUGCAAAAGUGUGGGUACGCAUCGAAGAUGCCGGGAAACUUGAUUCCAAGGCACGCGAGGGCCGAUUCGUCGGUCACAGUGAGGAGAGCAAGGGGUACCGCGUGUACUGGCCGGACAAGCACAGCGUAACCGUGGAACGAAACGUCAAGUUCGUCCAUGAAACAGUCAUUUCGGACGACACUCAGCCCGAGAGGGCGAGGGCGACAGGCGGUCCGAGCGUGUCCAAAACGCUGUCAGUACCAGCGCCAGAAGAGGAAAUGGCGUCACGCACCAUCGAUCCCCCGACCCCUGCCGCUCCAACUCCUCCGUCGUCACCUCCCGAAGCACCAGCUCCUGAGGCACCAAGCGGCAGAGGACAUCGUGUUCGCAAGGCAUCCGCAUAUGUCCAGCGAUUGAACGAUGGAUCUGGUGUCGCCGACGGACGCCCGAGCCAGUCGAAAUACCCAAAAGGUCUGCAACCUGGUGACCUGAUGGGAGCUGUGGCCGUUGAGGCAGAAAGCGAGGAUGAAGUUGAGUCGAUCUUCGCGAUGCCAGCAUUGACGGAGACUCCUAGACAGGAUCCGGCUUCUCUGAAUGAAGCCAUGCAGAGCACAGAAUGGCCGAAAUGGAAGGAAGCAAUAGCGAAGGAGAUGCAAAACCUUGAUAGUCAUGGCACAUACACACUGGUCGAGCCACCUAAGAACACUAACAUUGUAGGAUCCAAAUUCGUCUUCCGCAUCAAACACAACGCGGAAGGUGAAAUCGAGUCCUACAAGGCUCGUCUCGUGGCUCAGGGAUUUACACAGGUGCCAGGGAUCGACUUCAAUGAGACAUUUGCCCCAGUGGCCAAGCUCGCGUCGAUUCGCCUGAUUCUCGCGCUCGCCGCACGCUAUGACUGGGAGCUGCACCAGAUGGACGUCAAGGGGGCGUACCUGAACGGGGAUCUCGAGGAAGAGAUUUAUAUGCGGCAGCCUCCUGGGCAAGCUGAACCUGGGAAAGAGCACCUUGUCUGCAGGCUCAAGCGACCUCUGUAUGGGCUAAAGCAGAGCGGUCGUCAGUUCCACAAGAAGAUUUCUGGCGAACUUGGCAGCAUGGGACUCACCAGGAGCAAGGUCGACCACUGCGUCUUCUGGCUUCGCAAUGAAGAAGAUGUCCUCAUCUUGCUCAUCGCGCUUUCCGUUGACGACUCGACCAUUGCAGGCACCAAGGCGGCGGUUUUCUGGUUCAAGCGAGAGAUCAGCACGCGUUUCGAGAUGUCAGAUCUCGGAGAGAUGCACUGGAUCUUAGGGAUCGAAGUGCGGCGUGACCGCGACGCGCGCACAUUGUCUCUGUCGCAGCGCGCGUAUAUCGACAUGAUUCUCACGCGUUUCAACCUCCAGGACGCGAAGUCAUUGACUACACCACUUGACCCCGGGACUGUCCUCAGCAUCCACCAAUGCCCCUCCACUCCUCGUCAGUUUGAAGACAUGAAGAACAUACCAUAUCGCGAAGCGAUCGGUUCGCUCAUGUACGCGGCACUUGGGACGCGCCCCGACAUUGCGUACGCCGUAACGGCUCUCUCGCAAUUCAUGCAGAAUCCAGGACGGCCGCACUGGGAAGCAGCAAAGAGGGUUUUUAGGUACCUCGCAGGAACGAGGGAGAGAUGGCUGACAUUCGGAGAGACAACGGAUGGCGUGGAAGGCUUCUCGGACGCGGACUGGGGAUCGGCCGAGCACAGGCACUCGAUUAGCGGGUAUGUGUUCCUCCUUGAUGGCGGCGCGGUCUCGUGGUCUGCUAAGAAGCAGAAUGUUGUCGCGUUAUCAAGCACCGAGGCGGAAUACAUCGCGAUAACUCACGCGACAAAGGAAGCACUCUGGCUUCGUUCCCUCCUCGCCGAUGUCCUCCACCCUGACAUCCUCCGCUACCCGGUGCGCUUGCACAGCGACAACAAGUCGGCGAUUGCCCUUGCUAAGGACGAUGCUUACCACGCACGUACCAAACACAUCGACAUCCGCUUUCAUUUCAUCCGCGAGACCGUCGAGAAUGGCCAGGUCAUUCUGCAAUACCGCCGUACUGAAGACAUGCCGGCAGACAUAUUCACAAAGGUUCUGCCGCGCAUCAAGGUCGAACAUCUCUCGCGCCUCAUUGGGCUGCACGAGAAUUGA